AAAAUACUGAAGGAAGGUCCUCUGCUGAAGAACUGUAGCUCCUUCAAGAGAUGGAAGCUUAGAUACUUUCUUGUUCGAGAGCAGAAGCUCUUAUUUGCACACCAUCCUGCGUUUGCACGCUUUGAAACAAUUGAUCUAUCUCAGGUCGCCUUGGCAGAAAGCAGCUGUAGAAACCUUUGCCACAGUUUUUGUGUUAUCACACCACAACGAAAAGUCACCUUGGCUGCAACCAACCGGAAAGACAUGGAAGAAUGGAUUAACGUCAUAAAAACUGUCCAACAAGGAGAAAUUCGUAAGAUACCUGCAGCAGAAAACAACCCUUUCCUUGUUGGAAUGCACUAUUGGUACUCCAAGUACAGCCCUCGAACCCAGCACUGCAAUGUUUGUCGAGAGAGCAUUCCUGCUUUAUCUAGAGAUGCUAUCAUCUGUGAAGUAUGCAAAGUGAAAUCUCACAGAUUAUGUGCUUUGAGAGCAAGCAAAGACUGCAAGUGGAAUACCUUGUCCAUCACUGAUGACCUCCUCCUUCCUGCAGAUGAAGUACAGACCAUGCCCCAUCAAUGGGUAGAAGGAAACAUGCCUGCCGGCUCUCAGUGUGCAGUAUGUCAUGAGAGAUGUGGCAGUUAUGAAAGACUUCAAGAUUUCCGCUGUCUUUGGUGUAAUUCUACGGUACAUGAUGACUGCAGGAGACGGUUUUCCAAGGAAUGUUGCUUUGGAAGUCAUCGCUCAUUAGUCGUCCCUCCCACCGCUCUCAGCGACCCCAAAGGCAAUGGCCAAUUAGUAGUAUCUUCAGACUUCUGGAAUCUCGAUUGGUCAUCUGCCUGUUCAUGUCCACUGCUCAUCUUCAUCAACUCCAAAAGCGGCGAUCAUCAAGGGGUCGUCUUCCUCCGAAAAUUCAAGCAGUACCUUAACCCGUCUCAAGUGUUUGACCUAUCAAAGGGCGGACCCAAAGCAGGACUGUGCAUGUUCAAGAACUUUGCUCGCUUUCGUGUUCUGGUUUGUGGUGGAGAUGGCAGUGUGAGCUGGGUCUUAUCACUGAUUGAUGCCUUUGGAUUAAAUGAAAGAUGUCAGUUGGCAGUCAUCCCACUUGGAACCGGCAAUGAUCUGGCCCGUGUCCUGGGCUGGGGGGCAUUCUGGAACAAAAACAAGUCACCUCUGGACAUCCUCAACAGAGUGAAGCAGGCUAGUGUGAGGAUUCUAGACAGAUGGAGUGUGAUGAUCCGUGAGACUCCUAGACAAACUCCACUGCUAAAAGGACAGGUUGAAAUGGAUAUACAACAAUUUGAGGCUGCUGCCAUCCACCACUUAGAAUCUGCAGCCACUGAGUUGAGCAAAAUCCUGAAGGCCAAGUACCCCACGGAGAUGAUCAUCGCAACGAGAUUCUUGUGCUCAGCAGUGGAAGAUUUUGUGGUUGAUAUUGUAAAGGCCUGGAGUCGGAUAAAACAAAACAAUACAGCAAUAGAGUCUGUGAUUUUGAAAAGUGACUUAAUGUAUGAUAAGCUCAGUGUCCUCAUUGAUGCCCUGGCUGAGGAGGCAGAAGCUACCUCUGUUGAGAAAGGUGCUGCAGUAUGUACAGACAGUGGUACAUGGAAAGUGGCAGAUGAAAAGCCCUUCGUCCCUCAAAUAGACCACAUAGCCAAAUGCAAGUUGGAGCUGGCCACAAAGGCUCAGAAUCUCCAGAAAUCCUUAAAACUCAUCAUAUUUCAAGUUGAACAAGUUCUGGAUGAGGAAAGCAGACAGACAAUAUCAGUUAAAAACUUUGCUUCAACCUCGUUCCUGGGAGAUGACUCAGAGGAUAUUGACCGGAUGAGCCCAAGACACCGUUCUCGUGGUGGCACUUUGUCUCCUAUAUCCUCUCUCAAAAGCGAGGACCUAGAAAACCUCAACUUGGAACACUUACAUUUCACAUCUGAAACUAUUCGCUUCAAAGAAAAAUGUGUAAUGAACAACUACUUUGGAAUUGGACUGGAUGCUAAAAUUUCUCUGGAGUUCAACACCAGAAGAGAUGAACACCCAGGACAAUACAAUAGCCGCCUUAAGAACAAGAUGUGGUAUGGCCUUUUGGGAAGCAAAGAACUUCUGCAGCGCUCUUACAGGAAACUGGAAGAACGAGUGCAGCUGGAGUGUGAUGGAGAAGUCAUUUCCUUGCCAAACCUGCAAGGCAUUGUAGUGCUCAACAUUACCAGCUAUGCUGGAGGUAUCAACUUCUGGGGAAGCAACACGGCAACCACAGAAUAUGAGGCUCCUGCAAUAGAUGAUGGGAAGCUGGAGGUAGUGGCAAUCUUUGGUUCUGUGCAGAUGGCAAUGUCCCGUAUCAUCAACCUACAUCAUCAUCGCAUCGCCCAGUGCCGUGAGGUGAUGAUAACCAUUGAUGGUGAAGAAGGUAUCCCAGUACAGGUAGAUGGGGAGGCCUGGGUUCAGAGGCCAGGCCUUAUCAAGAUUAGGUACAAGAAUGCUGCCCAGAUGCUGAUGAGAGAUCGGGGCUUUGAGAACUCAAUGAAAAUGUGGGAGUGCAAGCAUACUGGAAUUCAAGCUGUUCUUCAACCCCAGUUAGCCUCCCAGGAAUCUCAAGAUAGCCUCUCCGAUGAGGAGUGUGUCCAGAUGCAGCACUUAGCUCAGCUAGCAGAAAAUCUCAUUAGCAGACUUAAUGACCUGAGCAAGGUCCACCAGCAUGUGUCUGUCCUCAUGGAUUCUGUGAAUGCCAGUGCCAACAUCCUGAAUGAUAUAUUUUAUGGCCAAGAUAAUAGCAAUGAAGCAGGCACAGCUUCCUGUACUCCCAUUGAGACUCUAAGCAGAGAUGAUGCAGUAGAUGUUACAUUUAGUCUUAAAGGGCUCUACGAUGACACCAAAGCUUUCCUGGAUGAAAACUUGCUGAGAAAUGCUGAGGAUGAGGCCACACUACAAAUCACCCUGGAUGCCAUGAAUAAGGAGUUUGAAAAGCUAUCUGAGAUCAACUGGAUGAAUCCAUUCCUUGUUCCAGAGGAAAAAUCUUCGGAUACUGACAGUAGAAGCCUCAGAUUGAAAGUUAAGUUCCCCAAAUUGGGAAGGAAGAAGCUAGAAGAUGAAGACAAGCCUAAAUCAGGCCAUGGAAUUCAGGGUUUUAUUGGCAAUUUGUGGCAUCGCAGAAAUCGUGAAGAUGAAGCAAAAGAUGAUGAUCCUCCAACACCAUGA